UCCUGCUACCCCUCAUUGAGCCACUCAAACCCUGGAGCAGAUGGAAAGAUUGUACUGGGGGGGAAAGAAGUAAGUGAGCAGCAGAAAGGGAAAGAAGAAGCCAUGCAGAGGUUGGGGCAGCCCAGCGACGAUGCUUGAUGAACUGAACUGAAUCUUUUGGCUUUUCGACCGUUCCCCAGAGGGACCAAGGAAUCAGACGGGACGCAGAGGGGGAGACGUCAAUUUGCUGUCCCAGCUGACGGGCGUGGAGAGAGAAAAAGGAGGACAGAGUUAGAGACGAGGAAAAAAGAGGGGAGUUCUGCAGAUGCCAGUUAAAGCGGAGAGGCAGAAGGAGAUGCUCGCAGGGACCAGAUAGUCCAGAGAACAGUGAGACAAGUCGCAGGUGUGCCCACAAAGAUUGCUCAGAGAAAGGGACCAAAGUCCUAAAAGACAAAAAAAAAAAAAAAAAAAGCUGCAAGUCAAGCAAAGCAAGGAGAGAAAAAGAAGCCAAACCAGAUAUAAAAACAGAGGGACAGCGCUAGAGAAGGAUGGCCAAUUCAGGUCUCCAGUUGUUGGGUUAUUUCCUGGCGUUGGGCGGAUGGAUUGGAAUCAUCUCCACCACUGCCUUGCCCCAGUGGAAGCAGUCGUCGUACGCUGGCGACGCCAUCAUCACGGCCGUGGGUCUCUACGAGGGGCUGUGGAUGAGCUGUGCCUCGCAGAGCACAGGGCAGGUGCAGUGCAAGAUCUUUGACUCCAUGCUCUCGCUGGACAUCCACAUCCAGACAUGCCGGGCCCUCAUGGUGGUGUCAGUUCUGCUGGGUUUUAUCGGCAUCAUCGUCAGCGUGGUGGGCAUGAAGUGCACCAAGGUGGGAGAUAACAACCCAACCACAAAGACUCGCAUCGCUGUGACCGGAGGAGCUCUCUUCCUGCUCGCAGGUCUGUGCACACUGGUGUCUGUGUCCUGGUAUGCCACUCAGGUGUCCUAUCAGUUCUUCAACCCAAAUACGCCACCCAACGCCAGGUAUGAGUUCGGCUCCGCCCUGUUCGUGGGCUGGGCGGCGGCCAGCCUCACGGUCCUGGGUGGCUCCUUGCUGUGCUGCUCCUGCUCCAAAGACGACAUGCGAGGGCAGCAAUACUACCGCCAAUCACAGCCUUCCACAGCCAGGGAGGCAGAGUUGUUGAGUGAAACUAGUUUCCCUGACUGAUCAGCCCCCGCCUUUUUAUCGAGGACUUAUCCGACUGUCCAACCACUGUCUCCCCCCCUCCCCUUCUUCUUUUUUUCCCCCCCUUUUGACCUCAAAUCUGGACCUCUCGUAGUAGACGAUUCCCCCUGUUUCUCAGUACUACAUCUGCACCUUAUCAUUUUUUGUUUUAAUGGGAACCAAGAUCUACUGUGCUCUCCCAUUGUCGCUCACCGUCUGAGCCUAUUCUCUAAAUACGGACUCAUAAAAGAUAUGCGACCAGACCUUUUCUCUAAGAAAUGGGGCGUCGACCCUCUACUACACCUCCCUCACCCCCCUGCACUCCUCCUCCUCCUACCCCACCGCUUCUGUCCAGUUAUCGGCUGAAAGUUAACAAUGAGUUGAAACAGGUUGUGGGGGUUUUGUCGCGCUGAUUUUUAUGUUUUUCCACUUAUAUCCUAUGACCUCUGGGUGUUUUUGUUAAUGUGCCUCUUGGGGGUUUAUUUUGUUCACUGUGACUGUACUUUAACUGAAACGUGUCUUUUUUUCCCUUUUGAAUUGCAGACCAAAUGUUAAAAGUACCCCACCAGAGAAAAGGGAGCAGUACUUGUAGUUUGGGAGAGUCUUCUGGCCUUGCCAUGGUUUUAGGUUCUGUCAACAGACAAAACCCUCUCACUGAGGAAUUCAAAACAGACAAGACGGAAUGAGCAGCAGCUUUUCGAGCGUCAACAUAAAUUAGAGUCUUUGAUGAAAUUAACUUUGUUAAAUUAGUUUGUCGAGGUUUCAUGAAUUAGAUGUUUUUUUUUCUGGGGGUGGGGGGGUUGUGAUUGAUAAAGAUGAUAUCCUUGUCUUGUCUGUGUUGUUGACUUUGGGAGAGAGUCAUUCAGGGUAUGUUUUCUAUAACAUGUUAAAAUUGCCCAGGUGUAUAUACCACCUACUCUGUUUUUUCUUCUUCCUCUUUUUUUUUUUUUUUUUUGUACUACAUAUAUAAUGUUUUACUACAGUGCCUUAUAACACAUGUUUGUGCACAUGGAGGUUUUUCACCACGAGGAUUCCUUAAAGUCUUCCAUCCCGCCUGAGGGAUGCACAUCCACAGCCUCUCUGUAUUUUCUACUUGUUGGAUUUCUGAAAAUGAAUGUGAAGCUACUUUACAGCACCAUUUAUGAAACAACAACAACAACAACAACAACAACACAUGCACGUAAUAGGUCUUGUACUUAAUGCCUUAUGCCACUGUUUGUAAGAAGCUGUGUGCCCACUUCCACGUAGCCUGGAUUGAGGAUAUACCGAGUACGUUCCUUUUGUUUUGUUAAGUGCCUAUAUGAUUUUGUGUGAAUGACGGAGUCGUUGUAUUGUUGACUCUGAAGGAUGUACUGUACUGUGUGCUGUCUCCUGUACUAAGGAACCCCAGUUUGCUGAGAGUUCAAAUUCCCUUCUGAUGCCUGUGUUUAUUUACCAUGCCAUUCCUUUCUCUAAUAUUUACCUCCUCCAUUGUUGUGUAUCAUCUCAUUUACAGUAUACCCCCAUGUCUGUUUCUUUUAGGAUGAAGUAAACAGAAACAUAAAAAUG